GACGUCACGUCGAGCCUCUCUUUUAGCCCCUUUCCUGCUGCAUCACAACAGUCUUUCGUGGCUCGAAUAACACCGUUUCAGUUUUAGUUUUUGUGUUGUAUGUCUUGCGAAAUAUCAAUUGUUUUAUCAACAGACUGACACAGUCAAGCGUAACACGCUGUAAACAGUGAGUGUCUGGACUGAUUUGUGUAUCAAAGUAACGACGUCCGAAUCGCUGGGAUAUGGCCAGGCCAGAGCAGGUCCUGCUUCUAGAACCUCAACACGAGCUGAAAUUCCGAGGUCCGUUUACAGAUGUGGUGACCACGACCUUAAAGCUUGCUAACCCCACAGACAGAAAUGUGUGUUUUAAAGUGAAGACGACUGCCCCACGCCGCUACUGUGUGCGACCAAACAGCGGAGUGAUCGAUGCCGGAACCUCAAUUAACGUCUCAGUGAUGUUGCAACCAUUUGACUAUGACCCCAACGAGAAGAGCAAACACAAAUUCAUGGUGCAGUCUUUAAUCGCUCCACCUGACAUGACUGACAUGGAGGGAGUGUGGAAGGAGGCCAAACCAGAGGAGCUGAUGGACUCCAAGCUGCGGUGUGUCUUUGAGAUGCCAAUUGAGAACGAGAAAACGCAUGAAAUAGACAGCAAUAAGAUGAUGUCCUCUAGUCUUUUGAAAACUGAGUCAUCCACAUUGUCCAUGAAGUCAAUGGUCUCCAGUCUGGAUGACGGAGAGGUGAAGAGGAUUAUGGAGGAGUGUAAGAGACUUCAGAUGGAGGUGCAACGGCUACGGGAAGAAAACAAACAGAUAAGGCAGGAGGAUGAUGGCUUGCGAAUGAGGAAGAGUCCAGUGAUGGCAGCUCAGCAGUCCUCAUCUUCAUCAGUUACAGUGAAGGAGGAAGGCUUGAGCAUCAGGGUGAUUGCUCUCAUUGUCCUGUUCUUUGUCAUUGGUGUCAUUGUUGGCAAGUUGCUUUUGUAAAGGUUAAGAAGGAGCAACAGCAUGCGUUGUGGAUGAAACUAACAAACAAAACAAAGUAACGGAUGCAGAAUUUGUUUGAAAUUGUUUGGAAUGCCGUAUCAUUUGGGUAAUGUUGGAUUAUUGAAAUCUUUAAAAUUUAAAAGGAAAUUAACAAUUUUAUGUGCAAAGAAACAUUCAAGGGAAAGGAUAAGAACUGACAGUUUCUGCCAUGAAAAAAACACUGACAUUAUUCUGGCCCUCUUUCACUGCUAUUUGAUGUAAUUUGAAGCAGAUGAUUAAAAAGUAACAUUAAGUUGUUCUGAGAAGGUUUCUAACCGUAGAUGUGCAACUGAGUUAAACAGUAAGGUGAAUGUUGAGUUGGUUCUCCCCUCCCACCCACCCCCCACCCCCAUGGAGGCCAGAAGUUGCAAGCUCAUAAUCUGUAAACACUAAAUGCUCUAUGAAAAGUAUUAACAUAUGCAUCCGUCCUUGAACUCACCCCUCUUUUAUGAAGUAAUUUAAGUAUAAGGGAGGACUGUCAGAGAGGAGGUUGGGAGUAAGUGCAGGGCAAAUAUUAGAAAAAUACAAAAAAAAAAAACAAACGCUUCCAAUGUUGAGCUUUGCACAGACCGAAUUUCCUGUUACGAUCGAGGUAGGUGUUACAUGUAAUUUUUCUUUAUCUUCUUCCUUUUGAAAGUUGAUAGAUGCUUGAUCGCAUGUCUCCAACAAGAGCAAAUAACAACUUUACUUUGUUGCGUUUCUAAUUGAAAUUUUGGUUCAUUUCAGCCCUUUGACGCUGCUCAGUUUCAUUUAUGUGACAUGUAAACUUAAAUGUGAUAUGUGUUUUUAUUUGUUUUAGCUAUAUUAUAAUAAUGCAGCUACCCUGCCUAGAGCUUUGCAAGAGCUUAGGUCCAAAUUCACUGAAAGCUAUCCAGUUAAGGACCUCAUGCCUUGUGACACUUCUCAGAAAACACAUCAUCAGGCAUCUUCCAACAUUAUGUGCAAUACUGGACAAAUCAAAUUGCAGUUUUGUGCUACAGCAUUCAAAACCGCUCAACUUCCUGAUGACCUGUCCCAUGUACCACUCAUGUGUUUUCAAGCCAUGCCAUCUUGGUUCUGUUUUCCAGACAAAUGCAUGGCUCAGAUUUGCCUUGUGAGUCGUUUGUAUUGUAUGUUAUACACUGGUUUAUCCUGCUGCAUUAGGCUUUAAAGACUCUCCUAACUAUCCUCUACCGUUUUACCCAAACUCUUUUUUCUUUUCAUGCCCUCUGUUUUGUUUUGAUGAUUUUGAAUUAAGUUAUGAAUAAAGCUUUUAUUGCAUAGCACUGUUUCCAUGAAAGAAAUGCACUGCAUCUGAAGAAUGUUUUCUCAGUAUCUUCCCACAAAUAAGAUUUGUUCUUUCACUUUUGCACAGUAUUUGAGACAAGAACGAUGAUAUCUAAAAGGAACAUCUGCAAGGGACCACUUUGUGACCUGUUUUUUUUUUUUUUCUCCCUCCCUCAUGGCUUUUUGUCUGUGGGAAGGUGUCCCUUUCAUCUUUUUCAUCUUUACCCCCCAAAAUGCUACACUUUGUCUGUGUCAUCUCAUUUAUUCAGUUAAUUGGGUACUAAGAACAGAGGAGCUGAAAACAAACUUUGUUUUGAGAGGUGUUCAGGGAGUAGUAGUAGUAGUAGUAGUAGUAGUAGUAGUAGUAGUAGUAGUAGUAAUCAAUUUAUGACUUUACUGUCAUCAAUUUAUGCAGUUUACUGUAGAGCUAUGGAAUAGGAGGGCUUUGGAGGCUGAUAAGCCAGUGAAGUGGCUCAUGAAAAUUCAAAGGAAAAAGUGUCCUACUGCCCCAAAUCUUCACCAUAAUAUAAACCAGAAGGUGACAGUUUUGUAUGUAUAUAAAUAAAUAGUUAAGUCUAUCUAAGAUGAAAAUAAAGAUUGAUAUUCUUAGUCAAGUAGUCUAUAAUGGUGUAAAAAGAAACUCCCAACUUUGUUGGACUAUGUAGCAUCUUAAUAAAUUCAAUCAAUAAAGCCCCAGACCUAA